AUGGCUCCUAGCGAUUUCAUUUCGCACUCGCUUUGGUUCAACGGUCCGGACUUCCUGCUCACUCGCAUAUGGCCCUCACCUCCUAUCACGGGUGUGACGCUGGAGGUGCCGGAGCGUCGUUUGGUCGUCCACGUCGCCCGAUUGGAGAAGGAGGAGAGCCCUGUUCUCGUAAGGUUUUCGACUAUGACAAGGCUACGAGUGACAGCCUGCAUGAAACGAUGGAUCGGGCGCUUCCGGGGCAUGAUUCCACCGUCGCCCGGCCUGACUCCUGAGGAGCUGCGACAUGCGGAGUUGCUGUGGAUCCGUCACGUGCAGGCCGUGUCUUUUGAGAGCGAGCUCAGGGCUAUCGACUGCGAACGGCAGCUUCCGAGGUGUAGCUCUCUUCUACACCUCACUCCCUUCAAGGACGUGAAGGGAAUCCUGCGGGUUGGUGGUCGCCUAAAACAUGCGCUCCUCUGCUACGACGAGCGCUAUCCGAUUAUUCUGCCACCGCGCUCGCACUUCACCCGGCUAGUGAUCGACGCUGCUCACAGACGCAUGAUGCAUGGCGGAGUCCAACUCGUGCUGGCCACCAUCCGAGGACGGUACUGGGUGUCUCAGGGUCGUCGGCUGGUCAAGGAGCACGUCUAUCGCUGCCCUCUUGUGCGAUGGCGGGCGGCUGAGCCUCAGCCUCAGAUGAGCUGCCUACCGGAGUCCAGGGUCUUGCCUUGUCGGCCCUUCCUGAGGACGGGACUACGCCUUCCUGAGGACGGGACUACGCCGGGCCUGUUCUUCUCCGCUCGACUCGAGGGCGAGGGCACUCUGCGUCUAAGGCACUAUUCAUCGAGCGCGUACCUGGCGGCCUUCUGGUGCUUCACUUCGCGGCGUGGCGCAUGUCUUGAGCUGUACAGCGACUGCGGGACGACCUUCAUAGGCGCUGACAAGCAGCUGCGCACUCUGUUCCGGGCGUUGGCGCCUGAAGCCAAGAUUGCAGCGGACCAACUAGUCAGCGAGGGCACAUGGUGGCACUUCAAUCCUCCUGGCGCUCCUCACUUUGGCGGACUCUGGGAGGCAGCCGUCAAGUCCAUCAAGCAUCACUUACGGCGGAUGAUCGGCGUGGCCACUUUCACCUAUGAGGAGAUGGCCACUCUUCUAUCGCAAGUCGAAGCUUGCCUGAACUCACGUCCACUGCGAUCCUUGACGGACGACCCGGAUGACCUGACGGCCUUGACUCCAGGACACCUUCUGAUCGGCUAG